AUGGCGGAGUUGUUGGACUCUAUGAGAAUCCAGAGGCCCUUGCAGUGUUCACUGAUGUUAGCCGGGACUGAUUGUGCGUGGAUAGUUGAAGAAUUUGAAGCCGUUUACGACCCACCACCUUCAUCCACCGCUCAUCACGAGGAAAGGCACAGCUUGCAAGUCAAGUUUUGCAAGGAUGUACUAUCGUUUGUCGACGUGGUAGUGUACAUGGGAAACCCUUUCAUUGCCACACGUCAGGAGCUUGUUGCACUCGAUACACAGAAUGUCAUGGAACACGUCGUUGUUAUUUCUCUAUCUCAAAUCCAUGCAGUGGGCCAAGCCCUUCACGCAGCAUAUGUCACGGAAAGGCUGGAAAAGGCUACAGUACUAAUAUCCGACACCAUGUAUUCAACAACUUGUUCACCUUUGCCGACCAACCUGACGCCAAGAGAAAAGGCAGGAAGGACAAUUGUACACAGAAGCAGAACAUGACUUUGAUAACGCAACUUUCCCUUUCACUUCAGUUGCGUCCCGAUGCCGACAUGAUCGACUUCUUCCGCUUCGAAAACCAAAGAGAACCAUCGAGACUGGCGGAUCAAGGGUCACUGCGAGCUGGGACGAAGUCUGACGUACUCGAAUGCCUCAAUGCGCCGACUGGCUGUGUAUCUGCUGCAACACAUGCCACGGUCGUAGUGUUGGAUAUGGCGGCAGUGAUCCUCAUGGUGCGCUCCACAACAGCCAAGACAUUUAACAAGUAUGUGUCACUCAACAUCAUACCAUUUUUGGAGGCCCAAAUGAAGAAUACUACCCAACGCAUCGACGCUGUAUGGGAUAAUUACCCAGAGGAAAAUAACCUUAAAGCCCUCACACAACAACGACGCGGAAAUGGCCCACGGACAAGAGUCGGCGAUGGCAGCACUCCAAUCCCGAAGCGAAGAUUAACAUGGACGGAAAGCUUCUGCUAA